AUGACCUCCGCGGACGUGCCGGGAUUGCCCCUAUCAAGGCCGAUCGAUGAUGACGCGGCCGAGGAGCGGGGCGACUCGCGGAAUACUCGCGCCGCCGACGCGCGUGACCAGCCUGGAGCCAAGCGCCAGAAGACGGGCAAGGGUGGCGGCUUCAAGAAGCGUACGGAGCAGAAGGCGCGGCCGCAGGGCGAGGCGGCGAUCAAGAUGUGCCGCGCCUGGGAGACGACGGGGGAGUGCGCCCGCGGUGACUCAUGCCGCUUCCAGCACUCAUGGGCUGGAUACUGGGAGGUCAAGCCGAGCGACAUCCACCACGAGGUUGCGGCGCAGCUUGCUGAAUCUGAGCCCUUUGUGCGCGCCAUGGCGCCCCGCAUGGGUGGCGAAGACUUGAUGGGCAAGACGAUCGACCUCACGACGCAGUGUCCCGUGUUCAAGGACCUGGGAUACUGCACGUACGGAUGGCGAUGCCGCUUCCUUGGCGGCCACGUCAAGCACCACGACGACAAGGAGGGCGCGGACCAGUGGGAUCUGCUUGGGUUUAAGGACCCGUCGUCCAUGUCGGAGACGGAGCGGUACAACGAGACGAACUGGCCGAAGAGCGACACGCUCACGCGGCUGAAGCACAACAAGUACCUCGCCAAGAUUGAGCCGGACAAGCCCUUCGCGCUCGCGCUUCCGAAGGGCUCGGUCCCGAACCCGAAGUACGCCAAGAAGCAGAAGGCGAAGCAGGCCGCGAUGGACGAGGAGAGUGCGAUGAACGGCGACAUGAACGAGGAGGAGGCCAUGAACGCUGCGCCCGCUCCUGCUGCUCCAGAGCCUGUCGCCGGGGUAGUGGACGGCGAAAGCGAGGCGAUGGACGUCCCGCUGCGUCCGGAGGAGAAGCGCCGUCUCGACUGGGAGAACGGACGCUACCUCGCCCCCUUGACGACGGUGGGCAACCUGCCCUUCCGCCGCCUCUGUGUCGACUACGGUGCGACUAUCACCAUCUCGGAAAUGGCCCUCGCGCAGCCGCUCGUCACGGGCCAGACGGAGGAGUGGGCCCUCGUCCGCCGACACCACAGCGAGAAGAUGUUCGGCGUCCAGCUCGCCGGCGGAUACCCGAACCGCAUGGUGCCCGCCGCCGAGGUAAUUGCCAAGGAGCUCGGCCCCAGCGGCGUCGACUUUGUCGAUAUCAACAUGGGCGCCGGCAGUGCGCUCAUGGAGAACCCCGGCCGUCUGGGCAAGAUUCUGGUCGGCAUGAACCGCGCGCUUGGCGAGAGUGAGUCCAACUUGCGCCUCAGCUUGUCCACCUUCUUCCAGCUGACCCCAGUUCCGCUCACGGUCAAGUUCCGCAUGGGCGUCGCGCACAACAAGCCGACAGCGCACAAGCUGAUCCCCAAGUUUGCGACCGAGUGGGGAGCGUCUGCGAUGACGCUUCACGGCCGUUCGCGGCAGCAGCGCUACUCCAAGCUCGCGAACUGGGAGUACGUCCGCGAGUGCGUCGAUGUCCUGCACCAGUCCUGCGACGACGCAAACAUGCCCCGUGUGCCCAUCUUCGGGAACGGAGACUGCUUCAGUGCCCAGUCGUACUGGGAGGAGAAGGAGCGCAGCGGCGUUGACGGCGUCAUGGUCGCGCGCGGCGCGCUGAUCAAGCCGUGGAUCUUCACCGAGAUCGCCGAGCGCCGCGAAUGGGACAUUUCCGCCACGGAGCGUCUCGAGGGCAUCCGCAAGUUUGCCGAGUACGGCCUCAGCCACUGGGGAUCAGACACGAUGGGCGUGAACACGACACGCCGGUUCCUCUGCGAAGCACUCAGCUUCCAGUCCCGCUACGUGCCCAUUGGGCUGCUCGAGCGCAUGCCGCCCAUGAUGAACGAGAGGCCGCCGGCUUAUCGCGGCAGGAACGAGCUCGAAACCCUCCUCUCUAGCCCGCUCGUUAGCGAUUGGAUCAAGAUUUCAGAAAUGUUCCUCGGCCCCGCCGGCGAGAGCUUCAACUUUGUGCCCAAGCACAAGUCGUCGGCGUACGGCAGCGAGGAGGCGCAGGGAUAG